GUCUCACUCUGGUCUGAAGCACCAUGCGGAGAGCUGCGCUGCAACUGUCCCUCUUGGGGCUGCUGCUGACCUCGGCUGCUACGCUACCCAACAAGGGUGACUGGGACAUCUACAGCUUUCACAUCAACGCCACCGUGAACAGUCGCUAUGCCACCACUGUCAUCAACAGCCGUGUGGUCAACCGUGCAGAGGAGUCCAAGGAAAUCGAAUUCCAUGUGCAGAUUCCCAAAAAUGCCUUCAUCAGUAAAUUCAGGAUGUUGAUGGAUGGUGAAGUUUAUGAUGGUGUUGUAAAAACUAAGGAGCAAGCUCAGCAGCAGUACACAGACGCUGUGACCCGCGGUGAAAGUGCUGGAAUUGUCAGCUCUGUCGGGAGGACAAUGGAGGAUUUUAAGACCUCUGUUACGGUGGCUCCUCACAAAAAAGUCACUUUUGAACUCACUUAUGAGGAACUGGUGAAACGAAUGCUUGGCAAGUACGAGUUACAAAUCCAUGCUCGACCCAUGCAGCCUGUCAAAGACUUCAAGAUUGAUGUGCACAUUCACGAGAAGGCUGGCAUCAGUUUCAUUGAUUUGAAAGGAGGACUGAGCACCGGAGCCCUUGCUAAUGCCAUCACCAAAACACACGUAGACAAGCAGGCUUGGGUCCAUUUUUAUCCAACGGUGGACCAACAAAAAACCUGUGACAGCUGUGGAGAGCAAGGCAUGAAUGGUGAUCUGAUUAUUACUUAUGAUGUCAACAGAGACACCGAGCUGGGAGACCUCAAGGCAUUAGAUGGGUACUUUGUCCAUCACUUUUCUCCAUCAGGUCUUCCCCAAAUACCAAAAAAUGUUGUCUUUCUUAUUGAUCGUAGUGGCUCAAUGAGUGGCAGAAAAAUGACACAGACCCGAACAGCAUUAAUCCAUAUCUUAAAUGACCUGGCCGAUGAGGACUUCUUUGGGAUUAUCACUUUUGAUGGCAGCAUUUUUCACUGGAAACGAGAACUUGUUCAGGCCACCAGUGAGAAUCUGUUGUCAGCCAAAGAAUUUGCAAAGAAUAUCAGGGACAGAGGAGCUACAAACAUUAAUGCAGCAGUGUUGGAUGGAGCAAGUAUGCUGAAUGCACAUCCCAGAGAAGGUUCUGCAUCUAUCCUUAUACUUCUAACUGAUGGAGAUCCCACUGCAGGGGAGACAAAUCUUGAGAGAAUACAGUCAAAUGCAAAAGAGGCCAUUGCAGGCAAAUUCCCACUGUACUGUCUCGGAUUUGGGUUUGAUGUGAAUUUUGAGUUCCUUGAGAAAAUGUCGCUGCAGAACAACGGUGUGGCAAGACGGAUUUAUGAAGAUUCUGAUGCAGAUUUACAGUUAAAGGGUUUCUAUGAAGAAGUGGCCACCCCACUCUUGACAGAUGUGACAAUGAUCUAUGAGGGUGGAGCCAAUCUAACUCAGACCAAUUUCAGCCAGUAUUAUAACGGCUCUGAGAUCGUGGUGGCCGGUCAGAUCACCGACAACAACAUUGAAACCUUCGUACCUCAAGUCCUGGCUAUCUCAAAGAACAGAAAGAUGACAUUUUGUAACACAAGUUCCUCCAUCGCACCCCCUCCUGGAACAGUACCUGAAGGCCUCCUCCAGAGGAUUUGGGCCUACCUAACGGUUAAACAGCUUCUGGACAAAGAGCUGAUGUCAUCCGGAGCAGAGAAAGAGGAAGUGAAGAAAGAAGCGUUGGAGCUGUCGCUGAAGUACAGCUUUGUGACCCCUCUCACAUCCAUGGUGGUCACUAAGCCUCAGGGGGAGAACACGGCUGUGCUUCACAAGCCCAAAGAAGGUGAAAAGUCAUUCCAACUGCAGUCCUACAGUCCGGGUUUUGGAGUCAUGGGACCAAUGGGGGAUCCAGGAAUUGCUUAUAGUCCACCUAGAUUUCGUUCUUCAGGUCCCCUUCACCGUCAUCAUGAUGCCUCAGGAAUUGCUUAUAGUCCACCUAGAUUUGGUUCUUCAGGAGUUAGAGGAGGUCUUCCUGGCCUUGCAGGUCCCGAUUACCGUCAUCAUGAUGCCUCAGUCAAAUAUGCCCUUUCCAGACCAAGACCUACUUUUCGUCCAUUAGCCCAACCAGCUCCUAUUUCUCACAGGUUUUUGCUAAAAACUGAGAGUCCGUCUCCGCCAGUGUGUUUUGACGUCAGUGGAACUGUCAGCCUUAAACUUCUUCAUCAUCCCACCAGGGAGCUGUCUGUGAAUGGUAAGCUGGACUCGGUAACAAACGCUGGCUUCAGAAAGAUUGUCAUCCACGCCAAAAGUGACGUGCACAUUGAGGUGAAACCAGUGGGAGUAGAUGUCCGACAGGGACAGUCAGAGACACGCCACACUGGGGAGGAUGUCAUCACAGCUGGAAGUGUGACAGUAAUCAUGCGGGAUAGCGAAAUAGAUGUUGCCGCAGAAGACGUGCGAUUGGUCAUCUAUAUUCGUGAGGAAAAGGGUAAAAAAUUCCUUUGGCCGGUUUUAAGACAGAAGACAUCUGCCGACAACACUGAAGGAAUUUUAGCUUUGAAGCCAGCAGUUUAUGACGAAGUCCAAGAUCAGCAUUCUACUAAACUGAGGAUCAAUGGCCAAGAGAUUUCUGCUGCAAAUUCCACUGCUGUUGACUACAGUAUUGCCUCUCCUUUGGAAAUGCGCUGUUGGCUUGUUUCAGCUGAUGUCAUCCUGCAGAGAUCCCUGAAUGAUUUCCUUGUUUCACAACUCUAACUGGGAAAAUGUUGAAUAGUUUCGAAAGUAUGUCAUUUAAGAAGAAGAAAGAAAAAAGACAAAUACCACAACAUGUUACCAACAGAAUUUCCUUGACUGCUUACAUAAACUACAUUAAUUGAAAAAUAAAUAAACAAAAUAAUAAUUUGUAGAA